AUGGCACGAUUCACUAGGAAACAACUUCUUAAAGCUUAUGCUUUGGACUGGGUCCUUUGUGUUGUUUUUCUUGUCACGUUCUAUGGAGUAGACCAAUUUGAACCAUAUCAUCGAUCCUUUUCUUUGGAAGAUAAAACGAUUCAGUUUCCUUUUGCCGUAAAAGAAAGAGUACCAAUGUGGUUAUGCGGCGUUAUUGUGGUUGUGAUACCAUUUAUUAUCAUGACUUUUGUGGCUCUUGUAAUUAAAAAAAAUAUGCACGAUUGGCAUCAUGCUUCUCUAGGGUUAUUAACAGGUCUUACACUGACGCUCAUGGUUACUGCGGUAUUUAAGAAUACAGUCGGUCGACCAAGGCCUGAUUUUAUCGAUAGAUGCCAACCAAUUGCCGGUGCAGCCGAUCCUCCUGUUUAUGGGUUGAGUAAUUCUUCGGUAUGUACUAGAACGGACUUAUUACAUGAUGGAUUCAAAAGUUUCUUAUCCGGACACGCCUCAACUUCGUUUGCUGGCAUGGGAUUCUUGUCUUUAUACCUUGCUGGAAAAUUACAUGUAUUUGACCAAAAAGGUUACACGUAUAAAGGAUUCGUCGUUGUUUCACCUUUGGUCAUAGCGAUCCUUAUUGCUAUCUCACGUACCGAAGAUUAUCGUCAUCAUUGGCAUGACGUCUUUGCUGGAAGUUUAGUUGGAUUCCUUUUAUCAUACUUUGCAUAUCAUCAAUAUUAUCCAUCUUUACAAUCGGCGAUAUCAGAUAAACCCUUUACAAUUAGAUUAAUAAAAUCGAAACCGGAAUAUAAAGCCAAAUUUACAUUUUCUGAUUCUUCGAAAUUUGAAAUUACGAUAGCUAAGGGUGAUAAAACGUUGGUUGAUGAUAGCAAAACUUUAUUACCGGCCGAUGAUGUUAGUAUCGAAACCAGUGGUACUACGGAUCAACAACCAGUUGAUGAUUCAAUAGUUUCAAUAUCCGAUGAUUUACUUGCUAUGCAAAAUUGUAAUAUAAUGAAUUUACCUGAAAAUUAUCAAAUGAAAUAUUAUUUUUAUCAUGCAUUGUCUUGGCCGCAAUUAUCAUUCGUCGCCGAAGAUCAUAAAGGAAGAAUUGUUGGUUAUGUACUAGCCAAGAUGGAAGAAGAUCCGGAAGAAGCACCGCAUGGUCAUAUUACAUCUCUAUCAGUAAUGAGGACAUAUCGUAGAUUGGGUGUCGCGGAGAAAUUAAUGACACAAGCUCAGAGAAAUAUGGUGGAAGUAUUUAAUGCCCAAUAUGUUUCAUUACAUGUCCGUAAAAGCAAUAGAGCAGCUUUGAAUUUAUAUAAAGACACUUUGAAAUUUGGGAUUCAUAAAAUUGAAGAUAAGUACUAUGCGGAUGGGGAAGACGCUUUUGCCAUGAGAAAAGAUUUACAACCAAGUAAUACUAUUAUUACGAAGAAUAAUAAUGCAUCAUCUAAAUCCUAG